GUUGAUGGUACCCUAUAUAUGAUGCUCAAAGUUUACUUCACAGAUCACUUCUUGAUUCUUCACCCUGACAACAUCUAAGAAAGCUUCAUAUGCACCCAACAAGUCAUUCCUGUCCGAGGAAAGACGAAAAGUAGUGCUGCCUCGAAGCCUCUUCAAAUUAUGGCCUCCGUCCUUCCGCUCUCAUCUGUUCUGUUAUCCGAACGAGAAAGCCUAAUGGAGCUCUUCGGCCUUCAUGGCGUGAGGCGGGUAACGGUGGCCAUGGGAGCCAUCAGUCUGGCCGAGGCCACGUUGGGGGCGGCUCUCAUGGGCGUGAUGCGGCGCCGCUGGUGCGGCGCCAGGGAGAUGGCGGCUGUGGGCUUGACGUCCUCCUUGGCCGUCGCGAGGAUUGCGGCCAUGGUGGGAAUGGCUGUCGCUCAGGAGCUGACGGCGAUCGCCAUCGGCGCCACCGACGAGGCCUCGCUUGAGGAUGACUUCUUCCGAAGGGAAAGGCGGUUGAGGUACAAAAGAUGGCUUUGCUGGACCAGAUUUGGAAUGGUGGUCACAGUGCUUCAAUUUCUUGGAGCCAUCUACCUAAUGUUCAUUGUAUUGACUGAUAUAUCUUAUGGUGGAAGAUCUACAUCCUGCUUUUUAGGACAGGAUGCUGUCAAUCAAGCAUGGAAGAAAACUUUAGUUGUUUCCUUUCUUCUACUGGUGUGGCUUGUGAUCCUCAUACAGUGCUUUACGGGAUCUGAUGUUUUGAGAUGGAGAUCGUUUUAUUCAACGCAUGAUACUGCCUGGAAAGCACACUACCGGGAGGUAUUUGAUCAUGGAAUUCGGGAAGCUUUGUGCUGCCUAGGACGUGUGAAGUACUUGAGUGUUUUGGAAGAAGAUGAGGUUUACUCUGUUGCAAGGCUCUUAGGUGAUCUUGUGGCAUAUCGAGCAUCAGGAACUGGACAUCUUGAACUUUUGAUAGGACUUGCUCUAUUGCAAAGCCACAAACAAAUGCAAAAUUUGCAUGAUGAGCUUCUGGAUGCACCUGAUAUACUUGUUCAAAAGGCAGCAUUCUUCCAUCAGUUCGCUGAAGCCGCUUACACAGGACCGCUGCUUGAUUUUGGUCGAAACCCCAUCUUGUUUCCCUGUGCGUGGCUUUAUAGACAAGGAUUUUUGACUCCCUGGGCUCGUGACAGGCGACCUUUACUUGAAGGUGAUAACUGGUGGCGUGGACAUGCAGCAGCCUUCCUUAAAUUUGUCAAUCUACCACCUAAAGCUCUUCGUAAGGGUCGAGUUAGUCAAACAAAGCGGGAGGCUGCUUACUUUGUUGUGGUUCUGCAUGAUAAAAAGACCAUAGUAAUUGCUAUACGUGGAACUGAGACGCCUGAAGAUCUCAUAACUGAUGGUUUAUGCAGGGAGUGCGCCCUAACUGUGGAGGAUUUGGACGGUCUGAUAAAUAGUGAACAUUUACCUUCAGCUAAGAGACAAAAAGUUCUUUCUUCUUUCCCACAUUAUGGACAUGCAGGGAUUGUUGAGUCUGCCAGGGAACUUUUCAUGCAAAUUGAUGGCGAACAUGGAGACAAAGAUGCCUCACCAUCUGAAAUAUCUGGAUUUCUGGCGUCGUUGUUGGGACCUGGAUCUGAAUGUCAUGGAUAUGAAGUUAAUAUUGUGGGGCAUUCUUUAGGUGGUGCUAUUGCAACACUUUUAGGACUAAGGUUGUAUCGAUGGUACCCGAACUUACAUGUCUAUGCUUAUGGAACUCUUCCUUGUGUGGAUUUUGUCAUAGCUGAAGCAUGCACAGACUUUGUUACUACCAUUGUUUACAAUGAUGAAUUCUCUGCACGCCUUUCAGUCAACUCAAUCCUCAGGCUUCGUUCUGCUGCAACUAACGCUCUUUCAGAUGAUUCUUUGGCUGAUUCAGCUAUAAUACAAAAGUUUGCUCGAAGAAUCCUUCAUGUUAACAAGUACCUCGAGGAUGGGCAGAACCAUAAUGUUUCUGCCUCAUCUGUGAGACCGUCUUUGGCAGCUACUGAAAAGAAUCAUGUUUCUAAAAGGAGGCCAUUCAAACCAAUCACAGUGAGUGCCCAAAUGAAUCAAGAUCUUUAUCUGGAGGAUUCUUCUUUGUUUGAUGAUGAUGCUUCAGAGACACAGGUUUUGGUAGACUGUGAUGUCUGGAGAGCAAAUUCCUGCAGAACUGUCAGUUCCAAGGACACAUGCUUAAUCAUGGAUCGGAUGACCCAAUUUAUGGGGGACCAACCAUCAUCUACGCAGGUACCGGUAGAACCACCAGAAAUGUUUCUGCCAGGCUGCAUUGUUCAUAUAGUACGAGAACCGAAAAGUAUUUUGCCUUUCUGGAAAAGUUGGAAACUUUUUGAGGGAGACCAUAAUUAUAGAGCUUUUCUGCCAACGAGGGAAAGCUUCAGAGAUAUCAAAGUUACAUCUCAUAUGUUCAUUGAUCAUCUCCCUUGGAGGUGUCAUUAUGCGAUCCAAAGAGUAUUAGAAGAACGCGAGUCUCAAGGCCGACAUUGUUCCAACUUAUUAGAUGCAAAAGAUAUAGCCAAUCUCAAUUUACUGGAUUUGGUUUCAUAAGAUUGCAACAAAUAUAAUUUUGUGCAUGCUUACAUGAAACAUGCAUGUUGUAUCUGCUGGGCGAGUUUAUGGUCAAAUCAGCAAAUCCUUUUUCGUCACAUGAAUAUGCAAUUGAUGAAAUAAAAGAAUGAAUAUUGCACAUUGUACUUCUGUGAAUAUGCGUGUAAACCCACCUGUUUGAUAUUCAUAACAGUCACUAUACAUUUAAAUCCUGCUGAUGUUAUACUAAAUUCAAGCUGAUUCAAGUCGUUUGAUAUUCAACAACCAAAUUCUGGCCUUGUACUGCAUCGGUUUCUUGGUUUAGUCUCACAGCAAUUUGGUUGCUAAUCCUAACAUCUAUUUACAAGGUUAUGGAAGUAGUGGAUAUGUGUUUGCAGGUUGAAUAAAUCAUCACAAGACAUAUCUUUUCUAUAAGAUUAAGCAAGAUGAAACAGUUUCAUCUGGCUGCCCUUCUUCUGGUCCAAAAUAUUGCAAAUUAUCAUUUGUUGCAGCUGACAACUAGCUCCUCAAAUGAGACAAGUUAUCAUUAGUAUUUUGGUAUUUAGGCAAGUUAGAAUUUGUUCGGUUUAUCUUUUCUACAAAAUCAGAAUUCAUAUCUUCAUCUUAUUUUUUUGUACUAAUAAUACAGGAACUCUCGCACUUGCAGGGGCAGAUAUAUCUGUGGCCUUCAGUGGCAAAUGAGUAGAAUCUUCCUUUUUGUCAAAGAUGCUACUAGUAGGUACAUAUUAUUUAUGCGAUGUUAAUUACGAGCUCCUCAUUUAUCUGGAUUGUAAAGAAAGCACCUUUUAGAAUUCUAUAUCAUAAACUUUAUCAUUUUUGUCACUUGAAUAACUCUUGCAUUCUAAAUUGUCUUCGCUCCAUAUUCCUGUUGAAGCUACUUUGUUCAUGUAGUAAAAAAAAAAAAGAGCAACAAUAGCUUCUGUAGAAAAAAAAGGGAUUCUAUUAGGGUUUGAAUUACUUCUCAGUCAAAUUUGAAAAGUAUCGGGAAAUUGCUGAUAUGAAAUUAUUGUUCAUUUUUGUUAGUAAGAUGUCCAUAACUUGUUGCAUUUAGGUGUCCCCAAACAAACAAAAUAAGAAUAUAAAUAUAAACUCUAACUUUCACUUCAUUUGGUGAACUAGCUCUUAGUUAUUGAUCAUAUGCUUGCAAUUGCUGUAUAUACCAUCAGUACAGGCUCAUCCAUCCCCUGCAAAUGGUAAAGAUGAUUCAGAUGCUUGGGACACUGGAAAAUUCUGGUUGUCAUUGCUAGGAAAUCGUAUGUGCCAAAGCCCCAUUGGAAUUCUAACCAAAUAAUCUCAACCUGCAUUUAAUUUCAGCACAGCUGCUCCACUUGCUGGAAAAUGGUGGGCUUACUGGAUCCUGUGCCACCGUUGAGAUAUAAUUAGUGGCUGAUGCUGGUACUCCAACUGUCCAACGUCCGUGACUGUUGUUUUGUUUACAAUGUUGCUGGAAGAGAUGUGAUUGCCAAGGCCAACUCUGUCGCAGAUACCAAGAUCAUCGAGAUCUAAGGUGUCUCCGGUCUGAAAUUUGUUGUGUUCUUGAUUGAUAACAUUGUUGUAGUAUGCUCGAUUGGAUCUCUUUUAAGUUUCAUGGACCACAUGAAAUCUAUAUUGCAUUGAAGAGAAAAUAUAUUGCAA